GGGCAAGAGGAAGGGGGAAAAAAACUGCAGUGUGUGAGAGUGUGUAGUUUUCAUCCCUCCCCUGAGCAGAUCUUAAUCAAUUUCUGUACUCCAGUCUUGGGGUGCGUUUGAAUGGGUGUCUGUUUGUGUAAAUGUGGUAGAGUUUACAGGAGGACAGAGUAAAAGGUGUGUCUAGAGGGCUGUGUUAGACUCCUGACUUGUUCAUGCUGAAACUGGAAAUAAGUAAGAGAAGAUUGAUUCUUUUUCUCUCUAUCUCAAAGUGUCUCCGAGCCUGAGGAGAAGGGGAAGAGCUUAGUAUCCAGAGGAGAGCGACCUGCACAAAAGGACUUUCUGACUGACAACAUCUUCACUGUGAUUACCUCCAGACACUUCUCACGAUCGAGAUUUGGCUGGACAGUGCGUGCAGCCUAAAUGACGAAGUGGAACUUGUUCAAGCAUCAGACGACGCCCAUGGUUGCUGCUAAGCCAACGGGGGCCAGUGCCUUGACUGUGACUCCAGCCCCUGUCGCGUUAGUGUCCAAUGACAACUCCACGGAGCCGGUCGACAAGAACGAUGCCUUCGACGAGAUCAAAAACAAGUUCCUGAAUGAAAUCGACAAGAUCCCACUGCCGUCCUGGGCCAUCAUCGCCAUCGCCGUGGUCGCUGCUUUACUCAUUCUAACAUGCUGCUUCUGCAUCAUCAAGAAAUGCUGUUGCAAGAAGAAGAAGAACAAGAAGGGCAAGAAGGGGAAGGGUGACAUGGGGAUGAAGAACAUGAAAGGGGGAGAGAAACAACAGGAUGAUGAUGAUGAAGAAGAUGAUGUGGAACCUGGACUGACCGCAGAUGAAAAAGAGGAAGAAGUGAAGGAGAAAGAGAAGCUCGGGAAGCUGCAGUACUCCAUUGACUAUGACUUCCAGGAGAACAAGCUGACUGUGGGAAUCCUGCAAGCAGCUGAUCUCCUCUCCAUGGACAGCGGCGGCACCUCUGACCCCUACGUCAAAGUCUUCGUCCUCCCCGACAAGAAGAAGAAGUAUGACACAAAGGUCCACAAGAAAACUCUCAAUCCUGUCUUCAAUGAGACUUUCACUUUCAAGAUUCCCUUCCAAGAGAUGGGAGGAAAGACUCUGGUGAUGUCCGUGUAUGACUUCGAUCGCUUCUCCAAACAUGAUGUCAUCGGAGAGAUUAAGAUACCAAUGAACACCCUUGACCUGGCAAAGCCGCUUGAGGUGUGGAGAGACCUGGACAGUGCAGAUCAAGAGGAGCCGGAGAAGCUGGGUGACAUUUGCAUCUCUCUGCGUUACGUCCCCACUGCUGGCAAACUUACCAUCUGCAUUCUGGAGGCCAAGAACCUGAAGAAAAUGGACGUGGGUGGACUGUCAGAUCCUUAUGUGAAGAUUAACCUGCUGCAGAAUGGAAAGAGGCUGAAGAAGAAGAAGACGACAGUGAAGAAGAACACUUUGAAUCCGUACUACAAUGAGUCAUUCAGCUUUGAGAUUCCUCUUGAGCAGAUGCAGAAAAUCCAAGCCGUGAUCACAGUGCUGGAUUAUGACAAGAUUGGCAAAAACGACGCCAUCGGGAAGAUCUGGGUGGGAAGCAAGUCCACAGGGGCCGGCCUGAAACACUGGUCCGACAUGCUCGCCAACCCCCGCCGCCCCAUCGCCCAGUGGCAUCCACUGCAGCCAGAAGAGGAGGUGGAUGCCUCCCUCGCAGCCCUGAAUGCCAAGAAGUAAACUCCCACCAGAAAUCCCACUUCCACCUUACCUACCCAUGCAUUUCCCAUCAUUCUCCCCAGGUCCCACAUAACAGUGUAUAUUCCAGAAGAACACCCCGACUGUACAUCUGCUCCCUCCACCUCCUCCCUCCUCCUUCCCCUUUCUCUGCCACCUUUCAAAAGAUCCAUAGAUACCAUUCAACAUGAUGGGAAAUAUAGUUUAAAAAAAGCAUCAUGUUAAAAGAAAUCAUGUCAUUGAAAAAAGAAGACAAGUCACAGGAUGGACAGAUACUCCGUUGAUUUCCUUUAGAUCUAUUUUUGUAUUGGGGUUGUGGUUCCAUGAAUAAGAAUACAGAGUAGACAAUGAAGAGUGCUAAAUGGGGAUCUGGUGAUAGAGGGGAUAACACAAACAUUCACUCAUGUUGUACUUCUCACCCUUUCCCUUUAGUGACACACUUUGCUUAGAAUAGUGCUCAAUAAUAAUAAUAAUAAUAAAAUGCUUUAUACUGCCAUAUAUGAUAGAGAAAUAACACAAGCAGGUCCAUUCCUUAGGUGUAUUUAUUGUGCACCAUGUUCCACACCUGCCAGUUAACAUUCUAGAUGAUUCUGUUUGUUUGAUGUACAUUCCUAGAGUUGGGUAGCGAGUAGGGAUAGGCACAUAUCCAGUUACCCACAAACACACUGCCUUUUUUCAAUUCGUUGACCUUCCGCCCAUCGUCUCAGGAAAACUGAGAGGAAACUGAAGCUCCAUGCCUUUUUUUCUAAACGGGUUGUUAUCAUUCAAAUAUUCCAAGAAAUGAGAAAAUCGUUGGGUUCAAGAUGCUUGAGCGCUUGUUUUUUUGGGGUGACUUAAGGCUCAGUUGAUCCAUGAAAUGGUACGUCAGGGAACAGGGAGGGAUGGAUUUUCAGUUGAAGAAAAAGUGUAUUUUUUUGACUGCGAGUGUCAUCCGAAACGACAAAAAAGCGAGGAAAAAUCAGAGCAGGUUCAACAGAGACUGAUUCCACCCACCAAUGACAUGAUAUUUACAAGGUGUCGAUUACUGCCUGCAGUCUACCACCUCCCCUCCCAACGCCUCUGAUUCUGUAUCUCACUUGUUCAGUGCUACUGCCAUUAGUCAUGGACUUGACACAAGGGUUUUACUUCAAAGAAAAUCCCUAUAACCGUCUUACAGUCAUAAAGGAGACAAGCCUUCAAAGUAACAAAAUAAGCAAUUUUCAACUACCAGGGACGCCUUCCAGUUAAGCGGUGUUGUUCUCUUCAUUUUUUCUUUCUCCUUACUUUUUCUAUUUCUUCUUUUUUCCUUUUUAUUUAUUUUUACUUCCAACACUUUUAUUCCUCAAGCACUUUAAACCCAAAUGUUACAUUCAAGUACCCUCAGAAACCAGAGCUUUAAUUAUUUAUUUAAGAAAUAUCUGCUGGUUAAAAUAAGAGCAAGGGUGUGCAUUAUGUUAGCAUCUUUUUUGUUGCCGUUGCUUUUUCUGUAUGUGUUUUUGAUUGUUUGAAUAUUACGUUUCUCACUUGAUUGCAAAGACACGGUCAGGAAGGAGGCACUGAUCCAUGUGUAUUUUAUACACAGCUUACCAAACUGUUGAAUUUAAUUGCACUACUGGGUAUUAAUUAUUCUGUUCUGUGGUAAUCUGACGCUGUUCUCUGAUCUGUGUAUGUUUUUUUCUUUUUAUUGAUCAAAUGUUGUGAGAUUGAAUUUUUCUGUGGCACAUGUAACAUGCCCGACAGUUCUCCUCAUUUCAGUGAAAUCCUCUGAUAAAGAAGAGACAGGUUCCAGUCCGAUGCUGCUUCCUUUUCAAUCAGUAUUCUGUUGAAGAGAAAUUCUGAGGAUGAGCUCAUGAAAAAAAAAACUUAUCAGCUCUUACUAAAUUGGUGAAAGCUUAAUUCUAAUUAAAAUCCAGAUAUGCAUCAGUGCCGAGUUGAUAAUUAAUAUCAGUGCUGCCCGUUGACUGUGUGCUGAGAAAUGCAAAGUCAAUGUAGACAUUACCGCAGUUUUUUGGGGUAAUUUUAUGAAUGUUGGCUCUUGUAUCUUUCUCUGUUGGAAAAUUGUAUCUUUUUAUUUUUGUAAAACCAACCUAGACCAUGUUUUAGAUUUCUGUUUUUCAUCUCACAUUACCUUUAUUCUUCUGUUGAAUGAAGCAGCACUAAAGAAAAAGGCAACAUGGAAGCAAUCAAGCAACCCAUUGGUGUGUAGUUUUGCCUAUAUACAUAGUUCAUACACGUUGAUACUGCAUGUUUAUACAAAAAUACUGUACAUAAGAGCAUGUUUUAGAGACGAAGCAAAAAUAUCUCGUGUACGUAAAUGGGUGUCAUUUGUCAUUUUAAUAACACGACGGAGGGAAAAAAAGAUGCACUGUAUAUUUUCUAAAUGAAACAAAUGUGUAUUUAUUUUCCAUGAGGGUCAUUGGAGAGAAUGUCAUACAAAUAUUAGAGUACUACUCCUAAUAAGAACCUUUCCACGCCUGAAAUUCUUAAGCAAGUGUGUCGUCCAGUACUGUGUGUGAGUUCAUGUAGGAUGAAAAUGUAGCCGCAUGCUUGCUAUCUAAUUCCUUGUGAUCCAAAUCUUUAUUUUUCUGCCAUUUUUUUUCUUACAGCACUUAUCUGAAGGCCAAUGUUUGACUUAUUCCUGGAUUUUAUUACAUUCCCAAAAGAUAUGUUUUGAGUUUUUAAUCUUUGGGACGGUGGGAGGGGUCUCCAAGUCUAUAAGGAAACAAUUUUCUAACAACAGAUUUGGCUGUCUGAAAAAUUGCAUUGAAAUAGGUUGAAUAAUUCAUCAAUCCGUAGGUGGAUUGUAGGAGUUGACAUUAGUGCCAGUACUGAUACAGAAUCGAGUCCGUUGGACCAUAUCUUUGUAUAAAUGUAUCUCCAGGGGCCAAAAUAUGAGUUGUCUCAUUCCAGUGAACACGAACGACUUGGAAUCCUUUCCUUUCUUUCUUCACAUGGAACUUUAUUUAAUUUUUUUAUUUUCCUCUUCUAUUUAAAUGACCUGAAACCCUUCACGGCUGUGUCUCUUUUACUGUGUUUAUUAUACAAUACGUGUAUGUGUAUACAAGAUAAAUGAAUAAGAUAAAUCUAAAGCCAUAAAACUCAAGCACUAACUCUUUAGAGCUCAGCUGAGUAGCUAGAGUUUAUUUAUGAAGAAAAAAAAAUCCAACAUGUCUGCGGUUUCCUUGGCCAGUGUUUCUCUUUUACAUUCGGUUCAGAGGUCUUUGUUCAUCAAGAGGGCAAAAUCCAUUUUACUGUACAUGUGAGCAUUGAGAACAGUUGUGAGUUUAGUAGAGUGAGUGUGUCUUUUUCUACUUUCCGAGCUGUUGAUGUCCUUGUUUCAUAGAGGUAGCUGAUUUUACAGUAUUGUGAUUAGUCAUGUAUAUGCCUUGUUUUGAUAGUAUAAAUAAUAGAUCUAAUAUCACACUAGGUUCUCAAUAAUACUGCUAAAAUUAUAUACAUAUAUACAUAUAUAGAUAUACGAAAGUGUGUUCUAUUCUUUGGGCUGAGUGCAAUUAAUGAACCAAACUAGGCCACUCUUCUUCAAGUUUCUCUUCUUCCAGUUUAGCAGCAGAAUGUAAGAGUGACUACAUGUACAAUCAGUUACACACUGAUGGUUAUUUACUGCUCACGCUGAUGGUUUUUGUUAGCCUGUUUAGCUUUGCUCUCAAGCAACAAAACAACAUGGUUAGAGAUCUGAAAGAACUACAGCUGAAAAAGAGGAACGUAAAAUCGAGGCACCCAAGUUUUAGGCCUGAAUCCCUCCCAUAGAACUAUGCAUUGAGUUAUGGUUUUAACAAAUGAAAAACACAUAUUAUGUCAAGCACAUGAUAUAAAUUUGAAACACAUUUUUUCAAGUUACUUGAAAUAAGUUUGUUCUUUCUCACGAGAUGAGAAAACUAACACAACUCUUGUGUUUGUGCAGUAAAUAUAGCCAGAGCUAGGAGAAUGCUAGCUUAGACUAGCUCAGCCUAGCUUAGCGAAAAGACUUGGAAUAAAGGAAAAAGCUAGCCUGGCUCUUUCCAAAAGUAACAGAAUCCAUCCACCAACAUUUUUACAGCUCAAACCAAUCCCAGGUUUUUCAUUUCUCAACUUCACGGUGACAAAAAUACUCCAGGAAGUCACCGCUCUGAGAUUAGGAACCAUCUGUUACCUCCCUGAGGUUUAACACUUUAGUUGGUGUUCAGGCUGACUGAAUAAGAUAUUUUGAGCUGUAGAGUUGCUGGGAGGUACCUUUUUAACUUUGGGUAGAGCCUGACAAGCUUUCUUCUCCGUUUCAAGUCUUUGUGGUAAGCUAAGCUCGGCUAGCUGACACCUAGCUAGUACCCAGCAGCUUAAAACUUAUAGGACUAAGAAAAGGGGUAUCAAUCUUGUCUUGAUAAGAAGGCAAAUAUGUCCUUAAACAUUCCUUUCCUUUUCCUCUUCCUUUAGGUUUACCUCAGUUGCCAAUUUUUUAUAAAGUAAACUUUAAACUGCCAUCUAAUCCUCCUGGCAACAAUCCUCAAUGUGCCGUGUGAAGCCGCACAUUGUCUAAUGCAAUAUUAUAGUUACUCACUGUCCCAUAAAUGCUACUGACUGUGACCAAAUAAUGCACUGAGAACAAUUCAUAUACAAGAUUUCAGUGCGUUUCAAGAUAUAUACUGCCAGUACCCAAUCACAGCUGCCUGCAUUCGUCAACACUGUUUGAAUCUGCAAAGCCAAAAUAACAAUUCACGCCGAGGCAAACAGAACGCAUCAAGUGACUGAUGAGGCAGCUGUGAUUUCAGGUUAACUUAUAGCACAUUUAACAGAUUUGUUUUUACUGUAUUUUCUGUUACUGUUCGGGUCACCACAGUCACAUGACCACCUGAGUUCUAUGGGGGACCGAAACUGGGAGCUGUGUGUGGAAAAAUAAAUGCAGUGUAGGCCCUUUAGCAGACAUGGUGCAAAAAAACACAGCACUAAAAUUUAAAUAGAUACAAUAUACAGUACAGGUCUGCAUGUUAUGGGACACAUUACUCAUUCCUAAAUGUACAUCUAUGUGUGUAUGACCGUAAUACUCAAACAAUCUUAGUUUUACUUUGAAAUAUGGGGGUUUUCUGUUCUAUGUAGAUGUACAAUACCUUAUGCACAACUGCGCCUGAAACUACGUGCUGUUUCAGCUGUGCAGAGACCGUUUCAAAAGCACCAGUCUUCUUCUUCUUUUUCUCUUUUUUUUUUAAAAAGAACGCUGGGAUUUAAAAAGGGAAAUCAUCCAAAACUUCAGUAAAACAUUUUACCACCUUGUCAAAAAAAUGUGUUGAGAAGCCUCUAGGCACCACUUUGAAACAUGUUGUCUUGUCUCCUCUAUUACUCGCUGUAUUUCUUCUUUGUAUUCUUGUGCAUAUGUGUAAUCACUCCUUUUGUCCUUUACUUUUUGUGAUGUACGCUGUUAAUGUAGAAUGUAGGUCUGUAUUUGAACCAAUGCCAGAAUCACGUUUGCUUUUUGUUUUGCGUCUGUGUCCUGUUUAAAUGUAACCAGCUAUGUUCCAUCAGUAUCAAAAGGAAGCAGGCUCACUGAUUCCUCCACUGAAUCUGCUUCUGCUGAGCGUAAAGAAUGCCGGCCUUCAUGUUUACAACAUGGACAUACUGUAUACUGCCAAACAUGCAGGACCGUACCAAACUCCCCUCUUGAGCGCUUAGUCCUCCACCUCUCAUCCCCGUGAUGCAACUGUACUCUCAAGACUCUUUUUUCUUUUCAUUUCCCCCACCUCUUUCUCUUCUUCUUCUUCAUCAUUUUAAAAGUGUGGGAGGACGGUCAGGUUGUGUCCUCUAGCUGUGUUUCUUCUUCGUGUCUAGUGUCGUGGUGCGCGUGUUCAUGUCAGUACUUGUGCCUACUGUGGAUCGCAUGCUUUAGCCCUUGACUGGACACAAACGUUGCUCACAAACUCCUCUUGACCCUUAUGUGGACAAACGUUGGGAUCCUUAUAAAGUUAUCAAGGGAACCAAAUAACUUAUUACAAAUUUAUCAUAUGUGUUACCAGUUCUGUAAAAAAAAGACAAAUAGGAAAUAAAGGCCUUUUAAUUACCAUG